GGUGGGUGGCAAGCGUUGAGCUGUGAUUAUGUUUCUCCCAGUUCCCAAAUGGUCUGAAGGCAUGGAUACAGUGGGAGCUGGCCCGGUCCAGGGGUGUGUGACUCUUUGCUUGGUGGCUGUGGUCACUCACACACGGCACAGAGGGCAGAGUCAAAGGCCUGGAUUGUGUGUGAGGAGGAGGGCAGUGCUGCUGUGCAACAAACGAGGCUUUCUGCUUGGUGUGUGUCACUGGAAUUAAACGUUGGCCCAGGGAGGGUGGAGCGUUAGCGUUUGGUUAGCUGGCACAGGGAUCGCAUUCUGUUGCUACCUCUCAGCUGCCUGCUGUCUGACCUCAGAUGAAAGAACAGAGACGCAACGCAACGCAGAGCAGAGAGUAUAUGCAGUGUCUCUACUCGACAGUUUGGAGCAACUUGUAGAGCAAGGUGCUAACAAGGCCAGGGUCAUGGGUUGGAAUCCCAUGGAAUCCACGUUGGUUACUAAUGGAAAUGCGUUUACUGCUACUCAGAUAGUGAUGGGAUUUCUCUCAGUCAAGAGGGACAGGGGAGAUUAAUGAGAAGAGACAAUACCCUUUCUACCUAUGUGACAGGAGAUCUCUCGAAAGCACUCGAAAGCACAAUGUCCCUGUGUCGCUCUCGGCACGGAUAAGGGACCUAGCCUGGCGAACCAACUCCGUGCUGGUACCAUGGCGGGAGAGACUAAGAGAACGUAUGCCGCCAAAGAACUGGACAGGGGGUCUAAGAAACUCGAGGAGCGCUCAACAAGAGAGCAGUACAGUGAGAAAGGUCAGAGAGAUUCUCCUGAGCACUACCUGAACGGGACUGUGGAGCCACGGGUGGCAGGCAAUGGAGCAAAGUUUGUAGACAAGGACCGAGAGAGUACCCAGCAACGUGAGGCCGUCAUACGGCCCCAGCAGGCAGGAAAAAUAGACUUUAAGUCGCUGCAGAACCGGCCAAAGUUCACCAGUGACAGGCCAUGGCCCAGCGGUAAGGGCAGCCCCCAGUCUCCCAGCGGCAAGAGCCGGAACCGAGACAAGGGCAAAAAGUCUGGCAAGUCGGAUCGCGGCAACCCCCAGCAGCUGUACCGCCUGAGCAUCACAAACCCCCGCUCCAACAACCCCACAAUCGGGAUCGCUUACCCGCAACAGAAGGUGCCGCCCCCCAAGAAGCUGGAGGCCAGCAAAGGCCCGGUGUCCGGCAGCUAUAGGUUCCACGUGCCCAGCAUCCCAGAGCGGGAGGCCGAGCUGCAGCAGGAGGAGCGGAACUACAGCCGCUGCUUCCAAGAGGGCCCCUCAAACCUCACCUCCCCAAGCUAUACCUCACAGGCGGUGGCGGGCUCCACAGGAGGACCACCUGCUCCCCAGCACCCGGCCUCCGCUCAGCAGCAACAGCAGCCGCUGACGCAGCCAGUGGGGUCUCUGGACGCCAGCGGGGCACAGGCCUCUGGCCAGAUGCUCUUCUCAGACUUUCAGCUGAAUGGGACAGAUGUGUGGCAGUCGCCAGAAAGGACACUCACCGGUGCCUCCUAUGGGAUUACAGUGCAAAAAGCCAACAUUGUGGUCGAGCCUAACAACAAGGCCGGAUUCAUGCCUAUGUCCUUUCAGUAUGGCUUUUCACUGCAGGACGACUUGGCCACGGACGCUUUCCCCUGCGACCCAAACCCUCCAUCACAGGACUACAUGGAAGCUUCAUUGGCUCCUCCUGGCCAGGUGCCUCACAACCCGUUUGCCUUCCAGACCUCUGCUGAGGGUCAGGAGGCGUUACAGGGCAGCGGCCAGUUUGGCAGUGAGCAGAGCGACGACAGGCCACCGUACCCCCUGCCCUCUCAGCCGCAGCCGUACCUGCAGGUCCCUCAGGGGCCUCCUUCAUCCAUGCACUGCCCCAGGGGCAUGAGCGAGGAGCCUGGCCUGGGGGAGAGCUCUGCUCCCAACUCAGAGCAGAGCAAGGGCACCCUGACGGACAACACGGAUGGAGCUGCAUCUUCGGGGGGCAAAACGAGCUGCCACCCAAAAGACGCCACCGCCGCCAACCAGAGGGUACUCGUUCAAAGCAACGUCCACCAUAUCAGAAACAUUGCACAGGGCUCCGGCUCUCAAAUGCACUUUCCAGGCAAAGCUUACGGCAGCCCCCCACUCAAUGCUGUCCAUAUGGGCCCUGUGCCUAAUGAUAAGAACAUGAGCAAAAGCCACAGCCGGGCUCCACCGCCGUGGGAGGGGCAGAACAAGCCCUUUCCGCCAUUGGAGCAUAACUCUGUGGCUUACUCCAACUUGCCUGAGAAAUAUCCCUUUCAGUGCCAGCCCCCACACGAUCAAAGGCAGGGGCCAGGUAAAAACAACCGCAUGCCCUGGCAGCAGAUACGGCUUGCAUCGGCCGUGCCAAACCAGAACAGAAUUGAGCUUUCCAGGCAGUUGAGCAAUCAGAAGCUGUCGUUUGUGAUCGCACCUUCUGAGUGGCAGGAUGAGGGCAAAUUGCACAAGGCUGGUCCGCUCAAAAGCCCUGGCACCUUCCAGAACAAAAGGUCCACUGAAGGGUACUCAAACCAAAGACAGGAAAGUGUCAAACAGGGAUGUAGCACAGGGUUGCCCCCCUGUCCCUAUAAAAGCAAAGCUGAGGCAAGUCACGCACAGGCCUGCGAUGCUAAGAAUAAGUCUCUGUACUUUGGCAUGAACCAGUCAAUACCUGGGGCCUCCACCAGAGGGUGUAACUAUCCUCCUAUGCAGGUGCCACCCAUGGGCAUGAUGCUUGUGUCCCCUUAUGAGUCCCCUCUGCCCUCCCCCAUUCAAAACCCUGCUUCUAGUAGUACGUGCUCGUCCCUCUCACCUGCUUCUACGAGCCCUGUCAACAGCAGCUCUGAUGACAACCAGAUCUCAAAGCCUGUUGGCCCACCACCAUUCUACCAUCAGCAACAGAGUAAGGCACUGACAUCCACUGAUCACCUCAACUCGAACCAUCACCAUUUCCAUUCAGAUGCCUCGCGUAGUCUACCCUACCCCACAGACAGACCCAAAGAGGACAUGAUGGGGUUCAUGCAGAAUAACAGAACACAUACAAAGUCCAGCAUGGAGAGUAGCAAAGGCUGUAUGGACAACUUUGGGAUGGAGCACCACCCUCCACCCCAGUACUCUGCCCAUCAACUACUGGCCACUUCCUUAGCUACAGCAAACCUCGACCAGUUGGAUGUGUUACUCACUUGCAAGCAGUGUGAUCAGAACUUCAACAACCUGGUAUCUUUCCUUGAACAUAAGCAGUACUGUGGACAGCAAACAUUUGCACAUAACGACUUUAAAGAUGAGGACAGACGAGACGAGGACACCAAAAAGUUUCAAAUGGAUCCCACCAAAGCCCUGGCCCCUGGGACAGGUUUUUCACAAAUGUCACGUUGCCCAUCAGAUCUGCAUUUAUCUCUGCUUGGACUGAGCAAGAAUGGUGAACUAAUAUCUGAUGCUGAAGCGAAAGUUGACACCAAGGAUGACCCCUUAAAACUGUUUUCAGGUGGUCACAACCCUCCUGUUUCUCUUCCUGAUUUGGAUAUGGAGGAUGCUAAAUUAGACAGCCUUAUCACAGAAGCUCUGAAUGGUCUUGGGUAUCAGUCUGACAAUGCAGAGAUUGACAGCAGCUUUAUCGAUGCAUUUGUGGAUGAUGAACUCACAACUGCCAAGUGCACGUCAAACAGACAGACACUGAAAACCAAAGACUCUGUGAUGUUUGAGAGUCGAACAAAACACGAAGCAACAGCUAGCGAAAGGUCAUAUACACAAGGAAAAUUCCCUUAUGACUCUGACAUAGACAGCCUUAGCACUGACAGCAAACAGACAGAAAGUAGCAAUACUGAGAAUCAGAGCUUAGAGCAGAGCGAUGACACCAACUCCAAAGAGGAGAACUCGCCAGAUAGCCUUGGAGUGUCUUCACCAGACAAAAACAGAGACCAUAAAAAGUGGGGGAAAGAAAUACGAAAGUCAGAAACGACAUUAGAGGAAAGUUCAAGUAAUCCUCGCUUUGUCUUGUCCAAAACGUUCUCAGAGCGCUGUGGAAUUAAAAGUGUGCAGGAAAGCUCCCUGUUUGUUAAAUCCUCUGUUCCUCAAUCCCCGUCUGGCAGUAGGACGUCGACCACCCAGAGGCUCGUCGCUCGGGAGGGGAAGAGGAAAAGGACAGGCGGAGGAACUUGGAGCAAGGAGCUCAUCCACAAAAUCGUCCAGCAGAAAAACAAGCUGAACAAGCUCCAUGUGAAAGGCACCAAAAACAUGCAGUUCUCCCUGGUGAUGGAGAGACUAACCCCCACGGUGCAGACCCCCGCGUUCAGGGAGUAUGACUACGUGUCUGACUCUGACGAAGACUGCGAGCCUCUGAAGAUAGCAAGCCAAGGCCGCCUUAGCCAGAGCAUCCGCUGCAAGUACACGUACACCAAGGAGUGCAAGGGCAGAGCAAGGAGUGAGAAAAGCAGGGACCUCUCAUGGAAGCAGGAUAAAAAUGACUGCUUUGAUUCCAAAAAGGUGGACGAUGUGUCUCUGUCUCCCGUGAAAGAGAGGCUGAGGCGACGGAGCAGCAGAUCUUCCACCAGCAGUGAGCUCAGCACUUCUGUGAGUAUCUCCAGCGACAGCAUCAGUAGCCCCAAAAGCACUGAUCGCACAGACUCAGACAGCGAGAGGAAAGUGGAGGUGAAACGGAAGGACUCUGACUCUUUUGAGCAGAAUGGUCUUGAGAGGUCACCGCAGAGGGUACGCCGAGAAUCCAACACCUCCGUGGCAUUGUCCAUCUCCAAAAACACCAAGCGGUACAGCACUGAGAAGAUUCUUCUCUCUGCCAACAAAGAGGAUUCGACGACCACAAAAUGCUCAAGCAGUAGCAGCAGGAACACUGAGAUUGUGUCUGAACUUACCAAGACUAGGAGUAUUUUCAGCCUCACAAGAUUCAAAAGCACGGAGGUGUCCGCCGUGGCAAAGGAGGACGUCUUCAGCUGUGAGACAGGCAUCGUAGCAAGAACAGAAGAGUCCACAUGUCUCACAAAAGAGAGGCACAAAAGCAGCUCCAGCUCUAAACUCUAUUCAUCUGAGAUACUAAGCAACAAGGAGUCCAACAGUUACAGCAAACACAAGAAGGAUGAUAGUUCAAAAGUGAAACCAUCUCACAAAAGAAAAGAUGAUGGUGUCAGUGAUGUCACACUGCAACUUUCAGAUACUGCAGCAAUUGAGUUUGAUAAGCUUACUGAUGGUGCACAUGACAGCAAAGAACCAACAAACUUCCACACUGAUUUGGUUACAAAGCCCCCAUCUCUGUGCAAUGUGCUAAUGGAUGAAGUGUGUUUGUCCCCUACCAAUUUACAAGAUGUUGCAAUGCAGAAAAACUCCAUGAGACAUAGCCUCAUACCUUGUCCCUUGGAACAGGAGCAGAGUUUGUUAAAAUCUCCACUCUCAUUUGACACGUCAUCAAUGUUUGGCGACCUCACUGUUGGUGCCUUCGACAACAACCUAUAUCCAGACAUACAGCUGAACAAGGACAGCUUUAGUCCAUUGGAGCCCACCACGGACAAGAAGGAAAUGUUUGAGUCCUCAUUCUCUCCUUUCCUUGAGCAAAGAGACUGGGGCCUAAUGGUAGAUGUCACUCCAGAGCUACCAGACGAGAUCUCCCAGUACAAAGACGACUCAGACGCAGGCAGUGAGAGGAAGACCAAUUUCAACACAGUGCCCUUUUCUCUGCCAGACAAAAUCAUGAACUACGGCACAAGCAUGAGUAAUUGUGUGUCUGAGGAUGAGCUGGAGAUCAAGCGAAUCGUCACAGAGUUAGAGAGCCAGCUGCAGACAAACAAGCUCAGCACAUCGCCACUGCUUGAUGAGGAGCUACCAAAACAGCUGACCAUGAGCAAAUUCUCACCCCUGCGACUGGACCAGGAAACUGAUAAUGAGCAGAGUGGGCUGGAGGUGGACUGUACUGGAGAGAGUUUAGCACUGACAGCACCAGGUUUGCCAACUGAUCCACACUCUGAAGGCUUCUCGGAGCCUGAGAUGCCCUGGGCUAGCCCCCUUCAGUUUGGCCUUCUGGAAUCACAGCACUGCCUCCACACCCCAACCCACUCCAUCACACACACUCACGACACUCUCCAUGACAAAGUUGCCACCGGAGGUGACAUAUCUGUGACAGAGAGAGAAGACGACCACCCAGGUAUGCCUCGUGGAUCUGAGGAUGACGUCGAUGCCAAGAGCCCACAUACAGACAAGUCUGAGGAGAUGCUUGAGCAUGAAAUGUACACAGAAAACCUUAUGAAAAGUCUGGAAGUCAUUUCAGACUCCAUCUUUAAGAAGGACCCUCUGCCUCUGCCACUGCAUGAAUCAAAACGUUUACAGUCGAGCCCAGAGCGCUCUCAGAACGACUGCCAAAACACUAAUCAGGGUUUAAUGGGAAAUGAGACUACAUCUGAAACAGACACAAGGAGGUCAGAAAAACAAUCCGAGGCGCUUUAUGCUUCUCCUCUGUCCAUGAGUUUAGGCUGUGAAAUGCCAGAAGAGGUAGACUCAAUGAAACUGAAUGACUCCUCACAAAGUCCAGUCACCCAAGUAAUGCAGACGUCACAGAAAGCCCUCAGAAGGGGCCAUUUCAAUGCUUGGCGUCACAACUACAUGAUCCUCAAAAUCCUGAGGAAAUACGUGAACAUCUCCAGAGCAAAGCUCUUAAGAGACACGAAGACUCGUCGGAGUCCCAAGAAUUAUUGUUUCCCACCACUAUCCAAUAUGACCAAGAGCAGACAAAAGACUGUAAUUGGGCCAACAGCCAGCUGGAGCAGGAAGCAGUCGAAAUUGAUUCCAAACUACAAGUUGAACAGAAAGGCACUGAAGAGGCAUCCAGAGGCUCAAAGGUCUCUCAGUCUUGCCAUGGCAAGCCAUCAGUCAAUGAAGCAGUGGAAAAGGAUCAAGAACGUGUGGAAGAGGUUAACUUGA